AUGAACGGCUGGCUCCGUGCCCUGGCGCUGCUGGGCGCCGUGUGGCUGUGCCUCGGGCUGCGGCGCCCGGGCGGCCCCCCGCACGUGCACUGCUACAGCGCCGGCGAGCUGCAGGACGCCGAGGCCCCCGCGCACCUCCUCAGCCGCCGCCUGCGCUGGGACCGCUAUGUGCCGGUGCAGCUGGUGCCGCAGCUGGAGCGCCUGCAGCAGGAGCCACGGCAGCGCCGGCAGCGCCGGCACCAUGAGCAUGCCUGCCCCACGCUGCAGCUCCACGCCGGCCUCCGCAGCGAGCCCAACGAGCGCUCCAUCUCGCCGUGGCGCUACCGCAUCGAUGAGGACGAGAACCGGUACCCGCGGAAGCUGGCCUUCGCCGAGUGCCUGUGCCGGGGCUGCGUGGACGUGAAGACGGGCCGGGAGACGACGUCGCUCAACUCGGUGGCCAUCCACCAGACCAUGAUGGUGCUGCGGCGGCAGCCCUGCCCGCGCCCCGCCGGCGCCGGCCUCUUCACCUUCGCCGUGGACUACAUCAAGGUGCCCGUGGGCUGCACCUGCGUGCUGCCCCGCACCUGGCGCUGA